UCUCUCUUUUUCACUAUAUAUACCCCAGUCCCUUCUUCUUUUUCAGAAUUCAGAUCGACCCUUUUCCUCUUCACUAACACAACACUCAAAAAAUCCAAUUAUAACAAACAAAAUGUAUCAACCCAUUUCUACAGAAUUCCCAGUAUAUCACCGGACUUCAAGUUUCAGUAGUCUCAUGCCAUGUUUAACGGAUACAUGGGGUGACUUGCCGUUAAAAGUUGAUGAUUCCGAAGAUAUGGUAAUUUAUGGGUUCUUAAGUGACGCUUUAACUACCGGAUGGACGCCGUAUAAUUUAACGUCCACCGAAAUAAAAGCCGAGCCGAGGGAGGAGGUUGAGCCAGCUACGGGUCCUGUUACCUCAGUGGCUCCAUCUGCGGAGACUACAACGGCUCAAGCCGUCGUGCCCAAGGGAAGGCAUUAUAGGGGUGUCAGGCAAAGGCCGUGGGGGAAAUUUGCGGCGGAAAUAAGGGAGCCAGCUAAAAAUGGCGCACGGGUUUGGCUAGGGACUUAUGAGACGGCUGAAGAAGCUGCGCUCGCUUAUGAUAAAGCAGCUUACAGGAUGCGCGGCUCCAAGGCUCUAUUGAAUUUUCCGCAUAGGAUCGGCUUAAAUGAGCCUGAACCGGUUAGGCUGACCGUUAAGAGACGAUCACCUGAACCGGCUAGCUCGUCUAUAUCAUCGGCUUCGGAAAAUAGCUUGCCGAAGCGGAGGAGAAAAACUGUAGCGGCUAAGCAAGCUGAAUUAGAAGUGCAGAGCCGAUCAAAUGUAAUGCAAGUUGGGUGCCAAAUGGAACAAUUUCCAGUUGGCGAGCAGCUAUUAGUUAGUUAAGAUAUGAGCUAAGAACUCAAUUGUUAAGUUUGGAGUGAAUAGAAACAGCAAACUAUUCCACUUUGCUUAGAGGUGGACCAAGGAGGCCAUUCGGAUUAUGUGUCUAUGGCGUGUAAAGUGUCGCCUUUCAGUUUAAAAACAGUAUUUCUUGUCCUCACUUUGGAUUUGUUUAAUGGAUAGUACUCGCUCUAUUCCUGUAA